AUGCCUUGGUCUCUCGCUCUCCCACAUGUCAUCCUCACCAAUCCUUAUCUGGCGGUUGCGACCCCAAUCACUGCAGGGACUGCAGUAGCUCUCCUGACCAAUCGGAAACAAAAUCGCGAAACCUACAAGCAGCUCCAGCAGCCGCCGUUCAGUCCUCCGGGAUGGCUCUUCGCACCCGCCUGGACCGUUCUCUACGGAUUGAUGGGUUACGCCUCGCACCACGCCGCUGCGCACGCGUCGCACUCGUUCUCUCUCGCGGUUCGCGAUGCCAAUUCCAACGCCCAGACCCUCUACACGACCCAGCUGGCUUUGAACUUCCUCUGGAUGCCCCUCUUCUUCCGGCUGGGCCGACCGGCCGUGGCUUUGGGCGAUCUGACCCUAUUGGCGGGCACCGUGGGUGCGCUGAUGGUCAACUGGUGGUCGGCCGAUCGGACCGCUUUCUGGUGUCUGGUUCCCUAUGCUACAUGGCUGGGAUACGCUGCGUAUCUUAAUGCCGGGUGUGGGAUCCUCAAUGGAUGGAGGAUUCCUACUGGCGAAAAGGAGCGGUCAGAGUGA